UUUGGACUUGGGCCAGGUCCAAAUUUCUUUUUAACUGUCUCUUGCUCUUGAUAACCUUUAUUUUUUCCUCGCUCCUGUUCCUUUUCUUGAUUUUCAGCAACGUUAUACGCUCAUGCCUCAUUUAGUCUUUUUGUUGUUGUUCCAUUUCUCUCUCCGUGGUGGUGUCUUUCGUUGCCAUGGUUACCACUUGACGCUGAAGUACAGCGCUAGCUUGAUUAGCACUGCUAGCCACGAUUAGUUGUUCGUGACAAUUGCUUUUACUGUAGCUAGUUAGCUAGACCAAAUGAACCGCAGGGAGACACCGAAGGAGUUAAGACCUCUAAGUCACUCAGAGAACAAGAAGCUAAGAACAUCAGAAGAGUUGGACAUCUUGGGUGAUGACCAGUCCAGGAGCUCUACUCUUUCAGGCAGUGAUAUCCAGGCUCUGGCCAUUCACCCACAGGACCUCAAUAAACUUCAUACACCAAAGCCACCCAAGAGCCGUCAACAACCAGUGCUCUUGGCUUGUGUGCGUAAAACACGUCCAGCUGAUGAAGUUAGAAAUGCUGUGCAAGGGCCGGUGGCUCAUCCAGUGAAUCUGGACCCUGGCUCUCAAAAGCUGGACUACACAGGACCGGAAGGGCUUCGGUUUGAUGAACAGGGAAGAGUUCUACCACACAGCAUCCUGGGUAGUUUAGAGGAUUUCAGAAGUUAUCUGGAGGCCAAAGGGGAGACAGAGUUGGUGAAGCGAAUACCAAAAUCCCAGAGAUAUGCUCCAUCUGAGGCCCCAGAGAGGCAUCACUCUGAGCCUGUGGAGAAUGGGCAUGGCCACAAAAACAUCCAGAGUAAUGCCCUGCGGCAUUGGUAUACACAUAUGACGCAGCGCAGACAACAGCAGGACUUCUUAUCUGACUUGCUCUACCGGCCAGUCGAAAACUUGCUGAUGAACCAAGCUAACCGUUUCAGAGAAACUCAGGAGCAGAGGGAAUUUCUAAACCAAGUCAUGCCACUCAUCCACUCUGGAUAUGGUUACCGUGUGGGAAGUGAGUUUUGGAGUCUCCCCCAGCGUUAUGGAGAUGAAAUGAGUGGCAUCACAGCCACUCUGACUCAGACAGAGCAGGGCAGACGGGAGCCUGUCACACAUGUAGGACAACCAGGCAGCAUACUCCAGGAAUCAGGAAUAACUUGUACUGAGACUCUGCGUCCAGCCUCUCGGACUUGGGACCAGAGCGCAUAUCUGCAGCACCAGUGCCAGGAGCUCAGGGAGGUUCUACGAGACGUGGACAUGAAAAAGCCGGAUAUCAAUGCACUGGAGGUUAUUGGCUCUGGCAAGCCAUUUACUUUUGUCACAGUGUGUCGUAGUCCCUUACUGGAGAAGGAGGAAGAAGAGACAGAGUCCAUGAAGAUAAAGAAGGAGAACCUUGAUCCGCUGGCACAGUAUGAUGAUGUUCGGUCAGAUGCUCUGCUCAUUCCUGCCUUGAGGUUCUGUGGUCAACUUGCUAGCUGGACUGGAAACUCCACCACUAACCAGGGAGAAGUAGGAAUCGGUGCCACAAUAAUCUUUGAGGCUCCAACUGGAGAAAGAGCCUCUUCCCACCUGGAGCUGCACAAUGAAGGCAGCACAGCUAUCUUCUACAGCUGGCAGCAGCUUCCCGUGCCACACAGCUUUCCUAACCUGCGAUCACGAACAAAGAAGCUGCACUUCUACUUCAACUCCUCCUCUGGUGUGAUCCGUCCAGGUGACACCCAGCGGGUGGAGUUCAUAUUUAAGUCAGAGGAGCCAGGCAUCAAUACUGAACGAUGGCAGCUCGACACCCACCCUGUGCUGCUGCAAGGAGCCUCCAUGCAGGUCACAUUAAGGGGAGUGGCUCUGUACCAGGACAAAACCGCAGACCAGAGGCUUUUCAUAGAGACAAAGCUGGAAAAGAUAGUGAAGGUAAAAAUGUGUCUGUCGAUUGUGUACGAGGUGCUGCUGGGGGUCCGCACACCAGAGAGACCCAGCUCUCCUGCAGAACUUUACGUCACUGAAGAGCAAGAGUUUUUAAGCAAAAACCCCAAGUUGCAGUACCUUCAUGAGCCAGUGGAGGACCUAAAGAGAUUGUGGCAAGAAGUGCAUCCAGGAAGCACCUGGGACCUCUCUGUCGAUACACUCCGACAGGUUGUGCUGUCUCUGCCUGAGCAAGAAGCAGCUCAGGAAAAGAGCCUGGCCCAGCUCAACUCCCUGUUUCUGCAGCUUUCUGAGCCUUCUCAACUGAAACAUAACCAGCUAACAGCAGCAGCUAUAGGGCAGCAGCUGUGGAGGAAACUGCUGGACACUAUGGCUGGUGAGGCCAUGUGGCUCAGAAACCUGCUGGGCCUUCCAGAGAGAGACACAUGGAUCGAUAAAAAGGAGGAAUCCCCCAUCUUGGAAGCUGAUAUAGCUGAUAACAAAGAUGAGAAGAGUGAGAAAAAGGGAGGAGCAGCUGCUAAAGAGGAGAGGAGUGGGGCAAGGUCCAAAAUUAAAGAUGACAACAAAGGGGAGUCCAAGUCAGCAACUACUGAAAAAUCAGUGGAGGACAGCAAAAAGAAGGGGAAAAAAAAGGAGGAAGCGGUGAAACGCACAAAAGAAAAGCAAGGAAAGGAAUCGGCCCCACUGACUGAUACCCCUCCAGACAGCGUCAGUCAACAACCUCCUGAUGACCAAAAUGUAGAGGCGGAGGUGAUGGACAUUUACAGGAGGCUCCUGCACAAAAAGGUGUAUGCUCUGAUGGAAGACCUAGUGGACAACCUGUGUGACCUGAUGGAUGAUCUUAAUGAAGGAGAUGAACAGGACAAACACACUACUAACAUGUGAGAGGCAGGCACAGGAGCCCACUGAACAUAUUCAACCAAAUGUGAUAUAACAUGUCACAUAUUCUGAAACUGUGUUUCUACCUUCAUUUGUUGUGAAAAUUAAUAAACUUUUUGGUGUUCUGGCACAGCAG